AUGACCCCGCCGUUACUCAACACCAAAGAAGAUUAUCGAAAGCUAGUCGAUUCCGUCGACACUUUCUUACUAGACUGUGACGGGGUGAUAUACCAUGGACCAAAAGUCGUACCGGGAGUCAAGAUCGUGCUUGACAUGUUCAGAGAGCAGGGUAAAAAGAUAAUCUUCGUGACUAACAAUGGAACGAAAUCGCGAAGAAAGUUGAAAGAGACUUUCGACAAGCUAGGUCUAGGAGCUACCAUCGAAGAAUGUUUCGGUUCAGCAUACGCUUCAGCAGUAUACCUAGCAGAAGUGAUGAAUUUCCCCAAAGACAAGAAAGUCUAUGUAGUUGGUGAAGAAGGUCUGGAAGAAGAGCUGGAUUCGUUCGGUAUACAACAUUGUGGUGGCAGUGAUCCAGAAGAUAGAGAAUUUAAGCCUCCUAUAGUAUGGGAAGAUUUCAAACCUGAUGAUUCUGUAGGAGCCGUAUUGUGUGCCUUCGAUUCUUGGAUAAACUACAAGAAAAUGGGCAAAGCCAUGACAUACCUCCGAAACAACCCCGAAUGCGUCUUAAUCCAAACUAACACCGAUCCAACCUUCCCCACUCACGGUUCCCUAUACCCAGGUUCAGGUUCAUUAUCAAUCGGUAUAGUUAAUUCUUCAGGGAGGAAACCAUUGGUAAUUGGGAAACCAAAUAAACAUAUGAUGGAUGCUAUCUUGGCUCAUCACAAAUUCGACCCAUCCCGAGCAUUGAUGGUGGGCGACAACCUCCUUACAGACAUUGAAUUCGGCUUAAAUAGCGAUAUAAGAACUUUGCUGGUCAUGGGCGGUGUGACACCUAGAGAUUCCAUUUACGGCGAAAACCCAAGUAAAACUGUCCCCACUUAUGUCAUGGAGAGUUUCGGUGAUUUGGCAGUACUAGCUGAGAAGUGA